CUAUACGCACUACACGCACUAUACGUCUAUCUAUUCCUCCUCCUCCUCCUACUCUCUCUCUCUCCUCCUAUCCCUCCCUCUCUCUGUCUAUCUCUCUUCCACAGCGUCCUCCAUCUCUCCAUCACCCACCAAGGGAAGGGAAAGGCAGGAAAACGAGAGGAAAAGGGGAAGAAAUGGAUGAUUGUUAGUUAAUUAUAGCGGCUGAUGGCUGAAUGAGAGGCGGGAUGGGGGCGCGUUGGCUGCUGCUGUGUGUUUUUGCGCUUAACGCGGCGGCGGAGCGGAGAUUUGGUUGCCUGUUCGAGCAGGACCUGUGCAUGAACUACGAGAUUUGUCUCAAUGAUGGGAUGUUCGGCCGUUGCCAGGCGAUGAAAGCAGCGGAUGUGUACACAUAUGACAUCACACCAGCAACACUGCAGAGAUUCCGCUCGCUGCUCCAGAAACUCUCGCUACGAGGCCUGUCAUGGGAAGAUGAUGUCACUCAGCAGGUUCUGUCAAAAGAAUUCUCCAAAUUACGCAAGAUCUCCCGAACACCACUUGACACAAGGCCCAUGGUACAGACAGUUGGUGCGGGAGAUGCAAGACUCAAACCACUGGAGGCAGAGCUGAACAGGAGUCUGCAGAAGUACCUGCUUCACAUGGGUCUGCUGCCUAAAUUAGGAAGCCAGGUCAGCCUUAUAAAAUCUUCUGAGCCGCAGGAGUUUUAUCGUUCUGGAAAGCCCCGCAAUAAAGCUAUCUCUUCCCCUCCUGAGUUCACCCCAGAAACAGCGUAUCAGCCAGCUUCUUACCCUGACCUUACCCACUACCAGAGCGACGCAGCGUACGCCCCUCCUCAGAAGCAGGAUGGGGCAGAACUUCUUAUCGCUGCCCUAAAGCAGUACAUGUCUCGGAACAUGGCACCAGAGCAGGGGGGUAGACCAAAACUAUACUCAGUCUUCCAGAAAGGCGGAUCUUCACCAAGUUCUGUAAAGAACCCUCUGAGUUCUGUAGACGAGACCUUUAUCCGGAAUGUUCUGCAGAACGUGGGAAAGCACAAUGUAGACGUGGAGAGCCUGAGUGCAGCAGAUAUGGACCAGUUAGCUGCCCUCAUUGCUGAUGCUUUGCAGAUAGUGGAGCAGCAAGCCCAGCAAGGACACGCACCCCGAGACCUGGAGGGAGAGGAGGAGCCUGAAGACCUGCAGCCCGAGGACCUCACAGCUUCAGAUCAGGAACCUGGAGAACAGAACCAACAGCCAGAUGCAGAUUUAGAGAACCAAAAUGGCUCAGAGGGGCAACAGAAUGAGGAAACUUCACCCACCAUCCAAAUGCUUCAGGACAGUCCAUCUGUGGCAGAAAAACAAACAAAGGAGGAGGAGGAGAGAUCUGUUGCAGACCAUAAGGAAUUUGGACUGUUGGGAAAGCUGCUGGAGUAUCUGGAUAAGACCUCCCUCUCGGAGGCGGGGCCUGUUACGAAUGGGCGCGGCAUAUCAGUGGAGACGGUGCGCAGCAAGACUACCCAGCGGGAUGUGGGCGUGCAGAAGAAGGCCAUGGAGCAGGUGGAGGAGGUGGAGGGCUGGGUGCAAGCUGCUGCAAUAGCACCAUCUUCUGUUCUAGAGGACGACGAUGCAGCAGCUCAUCGCAAAAACAUGAAAGUGCAGGACCUGCAGCUUGAUGUGCAGAGCAACAACAAGAACGACCUCUAUGGAUACAUCAUCACAGAUACAGAUGCUCUACCCACGGAUCAGGGUCUGCACCUUAUGGAGUUGGUGGCUCAUAGAGCCAAGAUCCAGAUGACUGACUUCCUCGAACUCUCAGUUGUUGGUCCAGCUGUGACAUUUCAGGUACGCCCUAAUUCUAAAAAUGUCACCACAACUGAUGUUGCCAAUGUGGCAGUUCAUCAGAAGACUGCACUAGAAAAAGAAGCCAGUAUCACCAUUGUGGAAGCAGGAGUUACUGAUAGGUCAAAGCUGAGUCAGAUCCCCACUAAGUACAGCCGGUCUGAGUCUCUGAAGUUCCUGAUCCUGACGGUGAUCUCCAUCAUCUGCAUCAUCGGGGUCCUGCUGGUCUCCAGCAUCAUCUACUGCUUCCGUCAUCGCUCACAUCACAAACUGAAGGAAAAACUCACCAAUCUCGCCACUGAUCCUGCUACUGAAGCUACUGCUGCCUACCAGGAGCUGUGCAGACAGAGAAUGUCUGUGAAACCACCAGUAGAGAGGGUGGAGCCUCGCCACUCCUCUCGUAUAAACAGCGUAUCGUCUCAGCUGAGUGACGGACCCAUGCCCAGCCCCUCCGCCCGCACAAGCACCUCAUCCUGGAGCGAAGAGCCUGCACACUCCAACAUGGACAUCUCCACUGGACAUAUGAUACUGUCUUAUAUGGAAGAUCACCUGAAGAAUAAGAACCGUUUGGAGAAGGAAUGGGAGGCGCUGUGUGCGUAUCAGGCCGAGCCAAACACCUGCAGCACCGGCCAGAGAGACUCCAACGCCAAGAAAAACCGCUUCAGCACCGUCAUACCCUAUGAUCAUUCUAGAAUCUGUCUGAAAGUGGAGAACAGCCAAGGCAACUCUGACUACAUCAACGCCAGUCCUAUUAUGGAUCAUGACCCCAGGAACCCCGCCUACAUCGCCACUCAGGGUCCACUGCCCUCUACUGUGGCUGAUUUCUGGCAGAUGGUGUGGGAAAGCGGCUGUGUUGUGAUCGUCAUGCUGACCCCACUAACAGAGAGUGGGGUUAAACAGUGUUACCACUACUGGCCAGACGAGGGCUCCAACCUCUACCAUAUAUAUGAGGUGAACCUGGUGUCUGAGCAUGUGUGGUGUGAAGACUUUUUGGUCCGUAGCUUUUACCUGAAGAACAUGCAGACCAACGAGAGUCGCACCGUCACUCAGUUCCACUACCACACCUGGCUUAACCAACACACACCUGAGACCAACCAGGCUCUGCUCGACUUCCGCAGAAAAGUAAAUAAAUGUUACAGAGGAAGGUCCUGUCCGAUCAUCGUUCACUGCAGUGAUGGAGCUGGAAGGACUGGGACCUAUAUACUGGUUGAUAUGGUACUGAAUAAAAUGGCUAAAGGUGCUAAAGAGAUUGAUAUCGCUGCUACACUGGAGCACCUGCGAGAUCAGAGACCUGGCAUGGUUCAGACUAAGGAGCAGUUUGAGUUUGCAUUGACUGCAGUAGCGGAGGAGGUCAACGCCAUCCUUAAAGCCCUCCCUCAGUGAGACGACCGCAAGACAAAAAACAAUCACCCCUCUCUAUCUCUUUCUUCUCUUUAUCUGCCUCCUGUAUGCUCCCUCCCUCUCUUACCCAGCCUCUCUCUCUCUCUCUCUUUCUCUCUGGAUGUUGUAUAUAAAGAUAACUCUUAUCUCUAUCUUUACCUUAUCCGAUGUGUUCUGACCCUGUAGUGCAGACACUCUUCUACUGCUGUAAGAAGAAUUAGAUUUCCCUCUGUUAAAUGUUCGGACUAUAUUAAUCAUAUUCUUUUAGGUCUUUAUGUGUAUAUGAAUGUGCAUUUCAUUCUUCAUCAAUCUUCAUCAAAAACGUGAUGUAUAAUCCAUUUGCCUUUAUUUAUUUAUUUAUCAUCAUACAUAAUUGAAAAAGAUUUUACAUGACUGAGAAGAAAAUGUACCACAAACCAACUGUGAACAAAAUUCAAUCAUUCAUAAUUUCAUUCAAUAAUAAUGCUAAUACUAAUAAUGCCUGAAUCCUGUUAAUAAAAAAACACAUAUGACAGAAUGUAUGUAGGGUAAAUUAACUACUUUAAUUAAUCUGUUUUGGAAAUACCCAGCAGACUAAUACACUACAAAAAGGAAUGCAUAAAAUUGACCUAAUGUGUGCAUCGUUUCCACAAGUAACAUCAGCACAAUUUUGUCCAACGAGGAUGAGAAACUAAGAACGAAUAGGGUCGUCCUGAUUUGGUCCAGUAACCAGGAUUGGGGACAAUUCAAGCAUAUUUUAAUGGGCUGUUUGUCUGUGAUCAGAGCGCCAUCUGGUGUCCCGAGCUGCCAUUAACAUACAUUAUUGGCCAGCCAGCAGCACUGAGGAGAGUUCUCAGAAGGUAAAUAACAGAUCUUAGUUAGAGUCUGCAGUGUGAAACAGAGGUGCAUGAAAAACAUCCCAUAAUACCUGACUAACUAUACAUAUUAAAAAAAACUUCUUGAUUCCCUGAAUUUACUGAAUGAUCUGUUAGUUCAAGUCAGGCUGGAUUAUAAAAUACUAAACACACUAUAAAUCUGUAGUUUUCUCUGCUAGACUCUAGUAAACUCAAUAAAUUAGUCCCGAAUGAUUCAUUAUAUAACUUGUUAGUCAAAAUAAAGUGAAUUUUACUUCAGUAUUAAUCAGUAGCUAAACUGUGGGGCUGUAUUAUUUAUUUAAACACAAAUAUCAGAUCAGUAUCAACUGAUAUUCAGCAUUAUAAGACUUUGAUUCGUUCAGCUCUGAUCGAAACAUCCCUAAAUAACAAUAUAAAAUGAUCAGUUUUUACUUACUUCCACAAAGGUUCUGUUGAAGUUAAAGAGUGAUUUAUUUGUUUAUCUUCAAAUCUUUGUACUGUAUUUUUCGGAAUAUAUGGCGCACUUUUUGAUUUUCCCAAAAAUUGACAGUGCGCCGUAUAACCCGCUGCUCCUUAUAUAUGAAUUCUUCCAGUCAGGUAUUAAGGAGCAGUAAAUGUUUUUUUACAUCCUGCUAGUGCUGUGGUUAGCGGCUAAUGCUAAUGCUGCUGCACCCAGCCUCAGUGCUGGAGAAACUGCACUGAAAAUUCAUGUAAGACAAAAUACCGGAAUUCUAAGCUUACUGUAAAUGAACAGAAGCGCUUUACUCACCCAAUUAAACGUUUUUUUUAGGAGAGAAAUCUGUGUAUAUUAACAUCCAGCACUCUUUUGAUUUUAAUUUAUUAUUUUUUUUUUUUUCUACAAUUACAGUUUUGUUUACAUAGGUGCUUCCCCCAGCUUCCCCAUUGGAAGGGAAACAUACAGAGCGCCUUAUAAUCCGAAAAAUACAGUAAUAAUAGAACAUGGGGCCAUACACAUAACCAUCAUUCAUAACCGAUAGGCCAAGGAUGUAACUUUCACCAUGCCAAGGAAAUGCUUCCUCUCAUCAAACAGAAACAUUAAUAUAAAAGAUGACCACACUUCAUUAUUUCACCUCUAAAUCGGUCUUGUUUUAUUUAUGUACACUAUACACUGAAAAAUGUUAUAUUUACGUAAUUCUGAUGUGUACGUCAGUUCUACAUGAAUGUAACACGUUAAAUCAACACAGUGGCUAAAUGUAAGUUAAAUUUAUGUGUGUAGAUGUAACAUAUACUCAUCUUCAAAGAAACAGUUGCACCUAGAAAUGAUUGCAGUGAAUUGCAGUGCUAUACCGAAGGAGGAAAAGGGAGGUUACCAACAAUAGAGGAUUAAAAACUAUUUUCUUUAUUAUAUUUAUUGAGCUUCACAUACAGAAAUAGUGUGUAAUGCAUGUGUAAUGCAACAUGCCACAGUCUCAGCAUGGAGUAUAUAGGCUCCUAUGUCUUGUUUCUUCUAUUUGUGUUUUUAAUGUAAGCUCUUGAGAUGGCAGCAGUAUGUGGAUGAGCAUUGUGGAUGAAUUCUUCUGGCUGCAACUGAUUAAUUUUUAAUGAUGAGAGUGUAUUUUUUGUGUGAAACUACUGUCAUCAUUUGAAUUGUGUAAAUUCUACACAGCUUCUCAGUGUAUCAUGUCAUAUAUCAUGUGAAGAUGAACAGGAUGGACUGUAUGAGUUUAGUUAGUUUCUGACAUGUUUCUGCACACCUGGUCUGACAGAGGCAACAUCACAUCGGGCUUUUAUUUUGUUUUGUGAUUAUUGUAAAUAGAAGCCAGAGAUCUAUCAGAAGCUGUUUCGGCUCUCUCAGUAAAUGAAAUGCUGCAGUCUUGUGAAUAAAGUUCUAUGGUAUGUGCUGUAUAGUAAAAUACUGCAACAAUAAUCAA